UCGGAGGGAGGGGGGAGCCAAGAUGGCGGCGGCUGAGGAGGAGGAGGUCUCGCGGCCGCCGCUGCCACCGACGCCGCCAAGGAAUUGCAGGAUGAGGCUGUUUCCUGGAGACCUGGUCGCCCAUCACUCUUGAUUCCCACAACUUUGCAAAAACGCCUACCACAAUGUCCAGCUCAAGCUACCCUCCCAACCAAGGAGCGUUCAGCGCGGAGCAGAGCCGUUAUCCGACGCAUUCGGUCCAGUAUACCUUUUCCAGCGGCCGGCACCAGCAGGAAUUUGCGGUCCCGGAUUUCCGUACCUCCCACUUGGAAGUCAGCCAGGGUAGCCAACUUCUGCAGCAACAGCUCCGCCGUCGCCCCUCUUUGCUCUCCGAAUUUCAUCCUGGCUCGGACCGGCCUCAGGAGAGGAGAUCGGGGUACGAGUCCCAGUUCCACGCUGGCCCUUCCCAAGCCGAUCAUGACACGCUGGACUCCAAGCGGCCGCGCCUGGACCAGCUGUCCGAUUCCCAUUACCAGCGGGUCAACGCCACUGCGGUCCUGCCCUUGGCCCAUCAGCUCCAGGAAGGGCUGCGCUCAUCGGACCUGAAGAAGGAUCCAGUCUUUGGAGGCAAGCAUGAAGGCCCUCCGUCGCCCAUGUCGAGCCAGUCGUGCGGAGAGGACCAGAACGCCUCUCCCUCCAAGCUGUCGAAGGAAGAGCUCAUCCAGAGCAUGGACCGUGUCGACCGGGAGAUCGCCAAAGUGGAGCAGCAGAUCCUCAAACUGAGGAAAAAGCAGCAACAGCUGGAGGAAGAAGCGGCCAAACCGCCUGAACCGGAGAAGCCCGUGUCGCCUCCGCCGGUGGAGCAGAAGCACCGCAGCGUCGUCCAGAUCAUCUACGAUGAGAAUCGGAAAAAAGCAGAGGAAGCUCAUAAGAUUUUCGAAGGGCUGGGCCCCAAGGUGGAGCUGCCUCUUUACAACCAGCCUUCCGACACUAAAGUGUACCACGAAAACAUCAAAACGAACCAGGUGAUGAGAAAGAAGCUGAUUUUGUUUUUCAAGAGACGGAAUCAUGCCAGGAAACAAAGGGAGCAGAAGAUCUGCCAGCGCUACGACCAACUGAUGGAGGCCUGGGAGAAGAAGGUGGACCGGAUCGAGAACAACCCCCGCCGGAAGGCCAAGGAGAGCAAAACCCGGGAGUAUUACGAGAAGCAGUUCCCGGAGAUCCGGAAGCAGCGGGAGCAGCAGGAGAGGUUCCAGAGGGUUGGCCAAAGAGGAACUGGCCUUUCGGCCACCAUCGCUCGGAGCGAGCACGAAAUCUCCGAGAUCAUCGACGGGCUGUCGGAACAGGAGAACAACGAAAAACAGAUGCGCCAGCUGUCCGUCAUUCCUCCCAUGAUGUUCGAUGCCGAGCAGAGACGCGUGAAGUUCAUCAACAUGAAUGGCCUGAUGGAAGACCCCAUGAAGAUCUACAAGGAUCGCCAGUUCAUGAACGUCUGGACCGACCACGAGAAGGAGAUCUUCAAAGAAAAGUUUGUCCAGCAUCCUAAAAACUUUGGCCUCAUAGCUUCCUAUUUAGAAAGAAAGAACGUGCCGGACUGCGUCUUGUAUUACUACUUGACCAAGAAAAACGAAAACUACAAGGCCCUGGUGCGGAGGAACUACGGCAAGCGGCGAGGGAGAAACCAGCAACAAAUCUCUCGUCCUUCCCAAGAAGAAAAAGUCGAAGAAAAAAUAGAGGAGGAGAAAGCCGAGAAAACUGAGAAAAAGGAGGAGGAGAAAAGAGAUGAGGAGGAAAAAGACGAGAAGGAGGAAUCCAAGGAAAAUAUCAAGGAAAAGGAGAAGAUCGAAGCUCAGCCCGAGGAGUCCGAGGAGCGGGAGGUCACAGCUCCGAGGGGGCGUAAGACGGCCAACAGCCAAGGCCGACGGAAGGGCCGGGUCACCCGAUCGAUGACGAACGAAGCCGCGGCGGCGAACGCGGCCGCAGCGGCCACCACUGAAGAGCCGCCCCCUCCUUUGCCACCCCCGCCCGAACCUUGUAAGUCAAGGGGGUCCCGAGAACGGCCCAUCACCACCUCGGUCGAUAUCUCUGUUUCUCCCGCAAUGUACCUUCUGCCAAUCCUGUUUCUUGGUUCCCACAAUUCUUCCCGUGAUGCGCUCGAGUUCGGGAAGCGGUACAGGUCCGUCCUCGGCUUACGAAAACUAGCUAACAAACUAACAAAUGAGGUUAGUCUAUCUUCUAAACUAGCAAGGUAUUUUUCUUCUUCCUCCAGGAUCUUUGCAAUGGACUCCAAGCCUUCCCUGUUAAAUCCCACCGGACCCCUGCUGGUAUCAUCCGCAAUUAAACAAGGAGCGAUGGAUUUGCAGCAGCUUCAGCACCGAGCAGCCAUCAUACCACCAAUGGAACGGCUGCCCAUGAUCCCCGGCUUCCCGACCAGCGGCUACACUCUCCUCCAUCAGCACAUCAAGGCCAUGCACAAAUCCAGUGUGCUGGAGGAGCAACAGCGGCAGAGACAAGAACAGAUGGAAGUGGAUUUCCGGAGAUCUUCUAGUCCCUGCGGCUCUUCAAAGAGUCCGAACAUCGAGUGGGAUGCAAAGACAGUCGCCUACAUGCCUUACGCCGAAGUCAAGCGCGCCAUGGAUCAGGAAGCCCAGAUGCAAAACGCAGCGGCCCGAUCGGGCUCGCCUUACCGCCUCUCUCCCCGGGACAUGAACAAGGCUUCGCCCCAGCCGGACAUGAAUGCCACCCGUUACAGUGUCCCGCCAGUCCUGCAGCCAGCUCCCCACCAAGUCAUCAUGAACCUCCCGGAAGGGGUGCGGCCCCCGCCCACCCGGCCCACCCGGCCGCCCCCACCCCUGAUCCCCUCCUCCAAGACGGUGGUCCCUUCGGAGAAGCCCUCCUUCAUCAUGGGAGGCUCCAUUUCUCAAGGAACACCGGGCACUUACCUGUCCCACAGUCAGAGCUCUUACGGCCAGGAACCAGCCAAGCCACCUGGAGGCUCCAUUUCGCUCGGCCUGCCAAGGCAGCAGGAUUCCAAGUCAGCUUCCCUGCCCUACAUCAAGCAAGAGGAAUUUUCACCCCGGAGCCAAAAUUCACAACAGCCCGAAGGCUUGUUAGUCAGGGCUCAGCACGAGGGAGUCGUUCGAGGUACAAACACCAUCCAAGAAGGGAGCAUCACUCGGGGGACCCCCACCUGCAAGGUUUCCAUGGAAGCGAUGCCUGCUUUGCGUGGCUCCAUCACUCAGGGAACCCCGGGCCUUCCCCAGGCUGGAAUUGCAGCCGACGUUCUGCUCAAAGGAACCAUCACCCGUCUGGCUACCGAGGACAGCAGUCUGGAGAAGAGCCGAGAAGAGGCUGCCACCUCGAAAGGCCAUGUCAUCUACGAGGGCAAAAGUGGCCACAUCAUUACCUACGAUGCUAUCAAGAACGUUCGGGAAGGAACGCGGAGUCCAAGGACGGCCCACGAUAUGAGCCUCAAACGGACAUAUGAAGCUAUGGAAGGAAACAUCAAACAGAGCAUGUCAAUGAGAGAAUCUCCUGUCUCAACACCUUUAGAAGGCUUAAUCUGCCGGGCUGUGCCCCAAGGGAGUCCCCACUCCGACAUGAAGGAGAGGACCGUGUUGUCGGGUUCAAUAAUGCAAGGGACCCCGCGGUCGACGGUGGAGAGCUACGAAAUGGGACUCAAGUACCCGAAGAUCAAGAGGGAAUCUCCUCCCAUGAGGGGCUUUGAGGGGGCCAUCGCCAAGGGCAAGCUCUACGACGGGGUCACCACCAUCAAGGAAAUGGGCCGCUCCAUCCACGAAAUCCCCCGGCAGGAGCUGCUGAAUCAGGAGAGCCAGAAGAACCCCGACAUGGUCCCCGGCGUCCGGCCCAUCAUCGAAGGCUCCAUCUCGCAGGGCACGCCCAUCAAGUACGAGAGCAGCUCCUGCCAGUCGGCCAUCAAGCACAACGUCAAGUCCCUGAUCACCGGGUCCAGCAAGCUCUCUCGAGGCAUGCCGCCCAUGGAGAUGUUACCCGAGAACAUGAAGGUGGUGGAACGCGGGAAACACGAAGACCCCAAGGCCGGAGAGAUGCGUUCUCGCCACACCUCGGUGGUCAGCUCGGGACCCUCCGUCUUGCGGUCAACCCUCCACGAGGCUCCCAAGUCCCAAGUCAGCCCGGGGAUCUACGAAGAUGCCAACGCCAGGAGGACCCCAGUCGGCUAUCAAAGCAUGUCCAGGAGUUCACCCAUGAUGAACCGGGCCGAAGGCAACCUUUCUUCGGGGAAGCCCUUGAAUCACGAGAGGAAGUCCACUUUGACGCCGACGCAACGGGAGAGCGUCCCGGCCAAAUCACCGGUCCCGGGGGUUGACCCCGUGGUCACGCACAGUCCCUUCGACCCCCACCACCGAGGGGCAGCCCCCGAGGUCUACAGGAGCCACCUCUCGCCUCACCUGGACCCGGCCAUCCAGUUCCACCGAGCCUUGGAUCCCACGACCGCCUACAUGUUCCAGCGGCAACUCUCGCCCACGCCGGGCUACCCCAGCCAAUACCAGCUUUACGCCAUGGAGAACACGCGGCAGACCAUCCUGAACGACUACAUCACCUCGCAGCAGAUGCAGGUCAACCUGCGGCCGGACCUCGCGCGAGGACUCUCCCCGCGAGAGCAGACCUUGGCGCUUCCCUACGCGGGGGCCAGAGGAAUCAUCGAUCUGAACAGCAUGGCGCCCACCAUCUUGGUGCCCCACCCUGGGGGGCCGAGCACACCCCCGAUGGAGAGGAUUACCUACAUUCCUGGCACUCAGCUGGCGUUCCCCACCAGGCCUUACAACCCACCUUCCAUGUCUCCAGGACACCCGUCUCACUUACCGGCGUCCGUGGUUGCCAGUGCAGAGAGGGAGAAAGAGCGAGAGCGCGAACGAGAGCGGGAGAGAAUGUCGUCCACUCCCACGGAUCUCUACCUUCGCCCAGGCGCUGAGCCGCCAGGGAAAGGAGGCAGCCACGGCUACGUCCGCUCACCGUCGCCCUCUGUCCGGAGCCAGGAGUCCAUCCUCCAGCAGCGGCCCAGCAUCUUUCAGGGCGCCAACGGGACGAGUGUCAUCAGCCCUCUGGAUCCGGCUGCCCAGCUGCGCAUCAUGCAGCUGCCCCCUGGCACUCCCUCCAUCACCCAAGGCCUGCCGUCCUCCCGCUACAGCACCGCCGCCGACGCACUGGCCGCUCUGGUGGACGCCGCUGCCUCCGCCCCGCAGAUGGAAGUGGCCAAGUCCAAGGAAAGCAAGCACGACGGCGGGCGGAUCGAGGAGAACCCGGGGCGCAGGUCCUCAGUGGUCAGCGAGCAACCACCACCACCACCGCCGAUGGAGCAGAAGGCGCUGGACGGGGAGAAGAGGGGCGCGUCGGGCCCUUACGCCUCCUCGGCUUCGGCGGCUUUCUCGGCCAGCAAAUCCCAGAACUUGCCGUCUUCGGCUGUCUACUCCGAGGCUGGGAAAGACAAAGGGCCGCCCUCCAUCUCCAAGUACGAGGAGGAACUGCGCACACGCGGCAAGACCACCAUCACCGCCGCCAAUUUCAUCGACGUGAUCAUCACGCGGCAGAUCGCCUCCGACAAGGACGCCCGCGAUCGCAGCUCACAGAGCUCGGAUUCGUCCGGCAGCCUAUCCUCGUCUUCGCACCGCUACGAGCCCUCGAGGGACGCGAUCGAGGUGAUCAGCCCCGCCAACUCCCCUGUCCCCGCUCAGGAGAAGAUGCCCCCUUACCAGCAGGAGCCCCCCAAAAUGAACCCAGGAGAAAGAGACUGUGGCCGCCAGUACGAGGGCUCCAGCCACCCUUACAGACCCGUGCAGGAUUCGCCCUCGCCACAGCAACCGCCGUCCCAGCAGUCCCAGGCACCCUCCGCACCCCAGACGGCCCCUCCGCCAGUCCAGACUCACCGCGUGAUCACCUUGGCUGACCACAUCUGUCAAAUCAUCACGCAGGAUUUUGCCCGCAACCAGGCCUCCAACCAGCCUUCCCUCCCGACUCCCACCAGCACAUUCCAGACUUCGGCUCUGACCUCGGUCGCGACGGCAAACCGGGCCAAAGCUUCGAACCGCUACAGCCCCGACUUCCAGGUGCAAGCCGCCUCCCACCAGCGCCCGGGCUCCCGGAUGUCCCCCGAAAACAUCCCUGAGAAAAGCAGGGGCAGGCUUGGAAAAUCCCCCGAGAGAAGCCACGGAGUUUCCUCGGAGUCGUACGAGCCGAUCUCUCCGCCACAGGCGCCGGCAGCCUACGAGAAACAAGACAACUUCCUGCUUCUCUCGCAAAGGCCGGAGCCUUCGGAACAGAGGACAGAUUCCCGUUCUCCGGGCAGCAUCGCCUACCUGCCUUCCUUCUUCACCAAACUGGAGAGCACCUCCCCGAUGGUGAAGUCGAAGAAGCAGGAGAUCUUCCGCAAGCUGAACUCGUGCGGAGGAAAUGAGUCCGAUAUGGCAGCUGCUCAGCCUGGGACAGAAAUCUUCAACUUGCCAGCUGUCACCACCUCAGGUUCGGUGAGCGCCCGAGGCCCCUCCUUAGCCGACCCCGCCAGCAACCUGGGCCUGGAGGACAUCAUCCGCAAAGCCCUGAUGGGCAGCUUCGACGACAAAGGCGAGGAGCACGGCCUGGUCAUGGGGCAGCCCAUGGGGAUGGUGCCCGGCGGGUCGAGUGGGUCGCUACCCACCAACAGCGAAGCGCGGCGGGAGGAAACCAGCCCCUCCCCUAAUCCAGGUGGGGGGCUCAGCAAGCAGAAGCUGAUGGGGAAAUCGGGGAGCAGGAAGUCCAAGUCUCCACUUCCGGGCCAGGGCUACCUGGGAACGGAGCGCCCCUCCUCGGUCUCCUCUGUGCAUUCGGAAGGGGACUAUCACCGGCAGACGCCCGCCUGGUCGUGGGAAGACCGGCCCUCUUCCACAGGUUCCACACAGUUCCCCUACAACCCGCUGACCAUCCGGAUGCUGAGCAACACGCCCCCCACCUCCAUGGCCUGCACCCCCCCCUCCGCCGGCCAGGCCGCCACCACCGCCGCGCACCAGCCCAGCCGGAUAUGGGAGCGGGAACCUGCCCCUCUGCUCUCCGCCCAGUACGAGACGCUUUCCGACAGCGACGACUGACACGGACGGAGGGCUUGGAGCUUGCCUGCUUCAGGGGGGGAAAAAAAAAAACGAGAGACACAUACACAAACACGGAAAGAAAGAAAGAAAGGAAAGAAAGCAAAGAAAGAAAGAAAGAAAGAAAGAAAGAAAGAAAGAAAGAAAGAAAGAAAGAAAGAAUAAAUAUUCAGCAGGGAAGUUUGCAAAAACCAAGCUGGGGAGGGGGGGGGAAUGGAAUGGCUGCAUUUUUUUUAAUUUUAAAAAAAAGCCAGAAACCCCCCUCCCCUCUUUAACCCCCCCGAGACUGUCGGACGGAAAUUUAAGACGGGAUCCCCCCUUUUCGGCCGGUGUCCCGAAGAUAAAUACGUGUAAAGAGUUUUGGGGUGGUUUUUUUUUCCUUCUUUUUUUAAAGGGAGAAAAAAAAAGGACGUGUUAUUCUUGACCUCUCUGGAAAAAAGGAAGAAGAAAAACGGGAAAAAGAGAAAAAAAAAUUAUCUUUCUUCUGUAAAUAGAGUAACUUUUUUCUGCAGUGUUUCCGCACAGCCCCCCCUCCUCUUCCUCCACCCCCACCCCCCCCCACUUUAAACCCUGGGUAGAUUUUCUGGUGUUCAAAAUCAUUGUUGUAAAACUUUGGGGGUCAUUUUAUAUAUAUAUAUAUAUGCAUAUAUAUAUAUCUAUAUAUAUAUUUUUAAAGGCCUUGUCUCAAGACUAGACACUUCCAAAAUUUUGGGGGUGCGAGCAAGAGGAUGCCCCGCCCCUUCCUUUUGCAUCAUCUGUCUGUAGAAAUGUGGAGGGGUGGGAGA